CAUUUUUGCAACAAAAAAAAGAAGAAAAAAUCAAAUCUAUCAGAAGAUUUUGCCAAUGUUCUUUUCCCCAAGAGGGAGUUUGAUGAUUUUGGUCAUUAAUAUAUCCUUAAUUUUUGUGUUUUUACAUUUUGUAGGUUAUUGAUAUUUUGCAUCAGUUGUACGUUUGUCUGCUGCAGGUGCAACAUCAGUGGUCCAAACAUAAGCUACUUCCAGUCAGUCUUUAUCACAAUAAAGGAAAAUAAUAUACAACUCAUAUUACCCUUUUUAUUUAUGUUAUUUUGUAUUUAAUUAAUCUCAAAAUAGAAUUCUUGAGAUUUAAACCCAAAAUGCUCAAUCAUAGGGUGUUCAAAAACCAUAUUUAGCUGUGUACUGUCAUGUCCCAAACUGUUUUUUCUUCACUGUGCAGUGUGCUUUCUCCCAGGUUGUAGGUCUUCCUGGUUGUAUUUCAUUUAAAUUUUUACACAUUGUUGUUUUUCCUUCAGGGAGAUAGUGUUCUCUAGUGUCUCUUGUUUAACAGGGGCCAGCCACAAAUGCACCACACAAGAAGACAACAUGUCCAUAAUUGUUUUCUCACCCUUUUGUAUUUUAGAUCCUCGGGCACUUUCAUAAAUGACAUUUUUUCCUAUUCUGUCCAUUGUCAGGAAAUGUUAUUCCCUAUGCAAACCAGGACUCAAAGAAAGCAAAGGCUCCCAAGCCAUUCAGUGUAUUUUAGAUCUACUUGUUAUUUGGUAUGGGUUAUAUAAUUCAUCUGAUCAAUCAUGUGAAGACCGUAGCAGUAAUUUAAUCUUUCUUUCUCAUUUGAUGUCAGGUUUUCAUGUGUGUAAAGAAGUGCGGUAACUCCCCAUAUUGAAGGCUGAUGUGUACAAUCAAUUCCAAAAUAGAAAUCACUCAUUUGUUUGAUUAUAUGUUGAUUAAAUGUUAAAAUAUGUUUUGUCAUCCCAGUUUUUGGCUGUAAAAUGUUGCACAACAUGCCAGAGUGCUACAGUGUGUUAAUUUUAAAAUGGUAUGUCAUUUGCACAGAUUAUAGGGCCCUAGCUUUGCCUGGCAUCUUCAGUCAAAAACUUAAAGAAAAACAAAUUCUGCUUUGUUGGAGAUUAAUUGUGACAAUAACAGCAGUGUUUCGUGCAUUUAGUUUGUCUUUGGUUUCCACAGGAAAGUGGGCAGUUUUUGUUAAAUUAACUCUUUGCUGUUUGCUUUCUACUCUGUAAACCCUAAUGCUGUGCUUUUACAACCCAACAUGUAUGUAUCCCUGGUUUUUACUUUUUUGUGAUUUUUAAAGAAAUGUAUCACAAAUAGGAAUUUAAAGCAAGUGGAAUCAUUCACUCAAACGCCCUGCCAACAGUUUUUUUUUCUUUUUACACAGAGGAGACAGACGGAUACUGCAUACUAUUUUUCUGUCUGGAAAAUUAAAUGCCACAGGCUGCUGUUCAGAGCUCAGUCUCCUAUUUACUUGCAUCCCGUUUUAUUUUGGGGAGUCAGAAGGCCUUUUUAUGUUGGCAGGAGUGUUGUUUUGUUCCUGUGAGACAACUGUUUGCGCCAAACGGUGUGUAACAAGGAAGUUGACUCUACUUUUCUUCCCCUCCCUCAGUGAAGAGAAAGUGAAAAUCUUGUCCUACUAGUUUUUGAAGCGUGGCGUGUGUAGACCCGGAAACCUGAUAUCCCUUGUAAAUAUUAGUGGUUCAUGGUGGUAUAUUGUAUUGUGAUGUUGUCAAUGCCAUUAUUUGUCAUAUUUUUGUAUCACUUUUACCCCUCAAAAGCACCUUUUUGAUUAAGAUAUUUUCUUAAUCACAGGUGGCAGUGGGAAAGAAUAUGAGUGCACUGAUCAUGUAACUUGAGUGCUGUGUUUGUUUUCUGACAAAGGUCUCUCUAGUCUGUGCUUACUUUGAUGCAGCGUUUGCAUUUAGUUGGUAACCAUGCUAUUUUCGGUGGCUCAGUGGUCUGUUAAAAGUGUGGUUGUUCCGCCCAGCAGGAGUCUUGCUUCAGACUGGCCUAAAAUGGGCAGAAAUGGUGCUGAACAAAAGCUGCUUGUCGCUCGUACAAAAGUACUUGAAGCGUUGCAGCCGGGACCAAGCUGCAUUGCUAUUGCCUGUGCCUCUCAACAGGAAAGAGAGACAACAUGUUCCCGAAGGGCACCAAGCGCAAGUUCUCAGACUCCGGGGAGGAGCCGGUCUCCAGUGGUGACCAGGUCCCGGUGGCUCCGUCUGCAGCAGCUCGGACGCUGACGUCCUCUUACAGCCUGCAGCGGCAGUCGCUGCUUGACAUGUCGCUGAUCAAGCUGCAGCUCUGCCACAUGCUGGUGGAGCCGAACCUGUGCCGUUCUGUGCUCAUUGCCAACACAGUGCGGCAGAUCCAGGAGGAGAUGACCCAGGAUGGCACCUGGCAGAUAAUGACCCAGGCCCUUGCAGCCGCCCAGUGUCCCGCAGACCGCCUGGUGGCCACCGAGGUGCUGUGCCGGCAGACAGACGCAGCAGCUCAGGCCGGGCAGAGCCCGAAACCCUUCUCAGUGGUCGGUCUGGAGGAAGGCUACCACGCAGAGGAGGUGGUGAUGGAGGGAGACGUGGAGACCGAGGUCACCAUGUCCACUUUGUCGCCCGUCUCCCCCCAGCUGUCCUCUGCUUCUUACCUAGCAGGCCCAUUUGGUAUGGGACCCUGCUGGGAGGAGGAAGAGGAAGACGGUGAGUGUGAGGAUGAAGAGGAGGAGGACAGCGAGGAGUGUGUGUCGGAAGGCGAGGAGGGUGACCGGGACCACCUGAGCGCAGACACCAGGACAGGGGAGCAGGUUUUUGGGACUUUUGAGAUCAAGCACCCAGCGCCGCCCCCUGACCCUGCACUCGAGGAACUGUUUUCAGAUGUGGACCCGUCCUACUAUGACCUCGACACGGUGCUGACAGGCAUGCAGAGUGCCCCAAAGAUGGGGCCUUACGAUCUGCUGGAGAGCCUUUCCUCUCACGGGCCAACGGCCCUCAGCUCCAGCUCGAGCUGCAGGUCAGACCUGAACGAACUGGACCACAUCAUGGAGAUCAUAGUGGGAUCUUGAAACUCAGAACAUUCCUCUGGCCUGUACUGAUCCCUCAGACUCUUUCCAGACUAUGCACAAUACACAUGUGCAUGUUCUGUAUGUGGUAUUGUUACACAUGGAGAUUGUUGGAGGUUUUGGGACAAGGUGGGAAAUUAACAGCAAGCCAAGUAGAUUUGGGGAUCGGCUGUUAGAGGUGUAGUUAGGCUGCUCUAACAGUAAAUUAGGCAAGUCGGCAGCUGCUGUUGGGACCUUCAUCUUUUAUUCAAAAAAUGUAAUUGGCAGUUAAAGUAGUGAGGGUGAAAUUAAUGAAUUUUGGUAUUCACAAGCCACCCUGGCCUGUGGGCGAAAGCAGUUAGUUUCCUACUUUGUUGAUGAAAUCCAAAACUUGACAAUAUCCAUGAGAGGGCAAAGAUAAUUACCUAUACCAUGAUGCAUUCUUAUUUACGUACUUUCCAUGUUUACGUCUGUCAUACAUUCUGUCAUACUAGCUCCUUCUGGUCGUACUCUCUGCCAUUUUGUCCAUUUCUAUUUAUUAUAACAUGGACUGAGGAACAAUUCAUCACACUACAUGCAUCAGAAAACCAGAACAAAUUGUAAAUCCAAAUCUAUGAAUCAAUGCAUAUUUUCCUAAAGAUUUGAGCAAUUAUGAAUGGAAUAUAUGUAUAUGUACGUAUGUGUAUAUAGAAAUAUAUUUUUUGCAUUAUACAGCUGGGGGAUUUUGCAAGUAUCAUUUGAUAUUAUUAUUAUUUUUUCCCUCCCAAGCGGUUUUUAAGAUUUUAAUGUAGCCAGACUCGAGACAGUGUCUUCCCAUGGUUUGGUAUAACAAGUCGACUGUAACAGGUGUCAGGACUGGCAUUGUCACACUUUAAAGGCGCUGUUCUUUCAUUUUCUCAAAAGCUUUACGCAGGGCAGGGAAAUUACUGCCAGCCAUCAACCAAAAGCUGGUUAAAAUUUGACUGUUUCUGGUGAAGGUUUACAGGAACCGGCAGACAAAUGUAAGUAAGUUUCCUGCCCUGCUCUACAUACAGAUCUAAUAACAAUAAUAACAGCUUUUUUCCUGAAGCAUUUGGAGAAACCCCGGGGUGAUAACUGCAUCAAGAAGCCAUAUUUCUUUCUCUCAUUUGUUAGUACAACAAAUGAAGAGUUCUGUGUGUUAACCCAUUCUAAUUUAUUGUUGUUUUAUUUAUUGUAUUUAUUAUAUCUAGGUACAGACAUGCCAUAUUGACGUAUCAAAUCAACCACGAGGCCCGAUGAAAUUAUAUUUAUCCAAAUUUUGCCCUCCGUUUUUGAAUGCAGUACCUAUUUAUUCCUCACUUUUUUAUUAUUAGUAGUAAUAAUAAUAAUAACCGGGUUACUAUUCAAAUCACUAUGCAGCUCUGUCAUACGUGUUUCAAAAUGAUUGUAUGCGACUCAAAUGUCCUUUAAUUCCUUUUAUGCAAACAGUUGCCUUUCUCCUAAAGAUGUGGAAAAAUCAAAUGCAUUUUUCAAAAUUGUUCCUUAUCAUCAUGAUGAAGAGAUUUAACUCAGGCAAACAAAAUGUAUUGACAAAAAUACAGUAUUACGACACGCUUAAUACCUUACCACAACACUCCUGAAGGAUGUCACUCUGGUCUGAAUGGGAGCUAGAACUUCAAAGACUAAUUACCGUUGUAAAAUGUAUGCAUUUUUUUAUAUUAAGGAAAAAACAUUGUAGCAUCUUUGUAAAUAUUUUUUAUAAUAAAAGGUGCAACUAUU